UUCAAAGUCUUGCUGGGCAUUCCCGUCUAUCCACGCAGCUGAAUAAGGAGAGGGAUUACUCGGUCACGAUAACGACUGACCCCGUGAUGCAGAAUGUGUCCUCAUUCGCGCAUCAGAAAAUUUCGCGGCAGUAUCUUUUACGUAUCGCAAUGCAAUUCAAGCUGGCCAGAGAGAUGGUCAAAGUGACAAAGGAAUGUCCAGUCAUCCUUCUACCGCCACCGGAGGAUGCUGGUGGUGAUGAGGCGCUUGCGGGUCCCUCACAAUCGUAUAUACGUCCACCUUCCGACGAUGAAUACCUACCGGCAUAUGGCGAGGCUGGAUCGAGCACGCUGCUUAGUGCUGGAUGAGUGCAUUCAAGAGAUAGUAAGCAAAGCCGGCAGAGCACUAGCCUAGGAGGGCGAUCUCAAAAGGGCGUGUGUUGAUGGUGAGCUGAAAGCUACCUCUACCUACCGCGACGCUCACCAUCCAAUCGCUAUCAAGGGCAUGCAGUACACGAGUUUCUCGCGGACGUCAACCGUACGUCAAUCGGCCAACUUCAGACACAGCACCAUCUGCAUCACUGUGAGUUAUCUCCGAUGGUUUUUAAAGAGGUAUUGUCGUAUGCAGAAUGUCGCGCCAACCCGUAGAACA